AUCCUUGCUCUGGCAGGAGCUCAAAAGGUAGAUUUGGGAGGAGUUGGAGGAAAAUAUAAAGGCUGGUAGCUGGAGGCAGAGCAACACUGAACUGGAGAGACUCAAGGGGAAGAAGAAUCAGACAUCACAACACAAAGAUGAACCCGAAACUUCUUUUCUCCCCUGGAUUUCUCCUGCUGCUUGUUGUCAGUCAGAACCAAGUCAGAACCAGGCCCAUUUCCAAUCUGCAGAGUCUGUCCAAAUUAUUAGAUGAAGAUCUGGAGCAUCCACUGGUCUCAGAAGUGACAGGCCAUGAGCAAGAUGACAUGAUUCCACCAGGUGCCUUUGACCAACAAGAGUCUGAGUUCCAGUGGACCCGAAACAUCAGGGACCAGCCUGAGGACAUGUCCACUAGUGACAAUGCUGUCCAGAGGUUUUUCAGUGACCUCGUGGGUUUACCCUGGAGGUACCGA